CGGACCCCGCAGAUCCUGCAGAUAAGAUAUAAGAUCGGUUGAGAAAGGCCAAUUAAGAUGGCUUGGCGUGCCCAAAACAAGACCCUCCAGAUUCUGCACGCCGCGGAGCAGGGCCGGUAUGGGGUGUUGGCGGCGAUCGUCUACAACGUCGAGCACAUCACGGCGUUUGUUCGGGCGGCUGAAAGUCGCCGGUCGCCCCUGAUCAUCCAGCUGUUCCCGUCGUCGCUCGACCAAACCCCGUCCCUUGUCUACGCCGCGUCGGCGGCCGCGAAACACGCAUCGGUUCCCAUCUCAGUCCAUCUCGACCACGCGCAGGACGUCGACCAGAUCAAACAUGUCGCCGAUCACCUGCCAUUUGACUCGAUCAUGGUGGACAUGAGCCAUUAUGCGAAAGAAGAAAACCGGUCGAAAACCAGCAGGCUGCGAGAAUACUGCCACGCGAGGGGGAUCGCGGUGGAGGCGGAGACCGGGCGCAUCGAGGGAGGAGAGGAUGGGAUCAAAGGGACGGAUGAUCUGGAAGGGAUACUCACGAACGCGGAAGAUGUAGAGGAAUUUCUCCGCGCGGGAGUGGAUUUCCUGGCUCCAAGCGUGGGAAAUCUCCACGGGGAUUAUGGGUCCAACGGACCGCAACUCGAGAUGGAGAGGCUUCAUCGAGUAUACCACGCGCUGGAGGGACGCGCGACCCUCGUGUUACACGGGACCAACGACUUCUCGCCGGAACUUUGCCGCGCGUGCAUCGCGGCGGGGGUCACCAAGUUCAAUGUCAACAAGCUGGUCUUGGAUCCGUGGCAUGCGCAUCUUCGCGGUAACGUAGAUAAGCCCCUGACGCAGCUGAUGACAGAGGGGAUUGACGUGCUCACGACGGCGAUGGAGGGGUGGAUGGACGUGAUGGGGAGUAGUGGGAGGGCUUAGGGAGGAAGAAUAAGGGAAGAAUAAGGGAAGAAUAAGGGAAGAAUAAGGGGAGAAGAGGAAGAAGGCCGAGAGCGAAGGCGAGAAGGGAAGGAACAGCCUCAGGCACACCGUACCCAUUCACGGCAGUGCUAUAACUAGUAUCACCAACUAUAUACAGAGCCAGGCCACCCUCGGGGCCGCCCAGAUCAAGAACGUAUGUACGUAUGUAUGUAUGUAUGUAUGUACCAGGCUCAACAAUACGCAUACCCCCCUCUACCGCACACUAGAUUACACCACCGGCCAUCCGGUGGA